AUGGCGGCGCUGUUUGGGUCGUUUCCUACCAGCCAGUGCCAGUGGAUGAACGACCUGACGGAUUCCGUCAUCGUUCACGUUGACGGUGACGGGCGUUCCACACUGCUAGAGAAUAUGCUGGCCGAGCAGCAUGAUUCCGCGUGUCAGGAUUCCGAGAGGACGUCCAGUCGGGCCAAUGAGAGCAGUGCUGCGGACAAGGACCCGUCGCAUUGGAAAGAGCUGUCGCAAUACAAAGAUCAGUCGCACGGCAGCCGCAGGGAGGGCGAACACCACACCGGCGGCGCCGCUUCCCAUAAAAGGCAGCGAGAGGAGCCGAGCGAGACGAACAGCAACAAGGCCAAUCGGGAGAAGAUCCGCCGCGACCGACUCAACGACAGGUUCGAGGAGUUGGCGCGGGCGCUGGAGCGGAGCGAGCUGGCGCGCGCGGACAGGGGGAGCAUUCUGGUGGACGCGGUGCGCGUGCUGGCGCAGCUGAGGGCGGAGACGAGCCGGCUGAGGGGCUCCGCGCAGCACAUGAGCGAGCAGAUCCAAGAGCUCAAGGCGGAGAAGAGUGAGCUGAGGGAGGAGAGGGCGCGCCUGCUGGCCAACAAGCAGCAGCUGGAAGACGAGGUCCGCCGCUUGGCAGCAUCUGGUGCCGCCCAAUCCACCGCCGCCACGUCAGCAACAGCAUCAAUGGUUUCUUCAGCCUCCCGAUCGACAGCUGCUGUUUCUCCUCCCCUUGGGUUUGCUGCGUGUGCGCCGGGUUCGCCUGGUGCUGUGUCCAUGAUGCUGCAUCCGGUGUGCGAGCCGGGCAAGCUGGGCCCAAUGGGAGCACCCAUGGGCUUGAUGCCCGUGCCAUUCAUGCCUGGGGGGAUGCUUCAUCCUCUCUCUCCUCCCCACUCGCACCUUCACCGUCCUCAGCCUCGCAGUGUGCAAGGCAAGUGUGCCCCUGCAGGCAACCACCUUGGUACAGGUCAUCCUGUUCCAUCCCAUCCUGCUGCUGCUGCUGCUGCUGCUGGCGAUGGUGGUUCAGCCGGUUCAGCUGGUGCUUCUGGUGCUGCUUCUGGUGCUGCUGAUUCACCUGCUGCUGCUGCUACUGGUGGUUCAGCAGGUUCAGCUGGUGCCGCUGGUUCACCUGCUGCUGCUGCAUCUGGUCCACAGUACCUGCAUGUGCCUGCCAUGCCAUAUGCCAUGUCAGGAAUGCCGCCCAUGGGCAUGUGGCAGUGGUUACCACAAUCACCUGUCGAGUCGCCUUAUGAUCAAAAGCUCAGGACGUUGGUGGUAUGA